AUGGGUGAUCAUACAAGCUUUCACAGCAAUGCCAAGAGUAAAGGUGAUGAUUUGAUGAGACAAGGUCAGUCUAUCAAACAUGCUUUAAAUAAGCAAACUGAUGUUGUGAAAAAUGAGUAUCGGAUCCGUUUGAGUGCUUCGAUUGAUGUUUGUAGACACUUGUUACACCAAGGCUUGUCUUUUCGUGCUCAUUAUAAGAAAGAAGACUCAACAAACAAAGGUAACUUCAUAGAGCUUCUGAAAUAUACAGCUAGACAGAAUGAGGGUGUAAGCAAGGUUGUGUUGAACAAUGCUCCUAAAAAUAAUCAAAUGCCAUCUCCUCCAAUUCAGAAAGACAUCGCUCAUUGUUUUGCAGAAGAAGUAACUAGAUCUCUUAUCCAUGAAAUGGAUAAUGAUUUCUUUGGUUUGUUGGUAGAUGAAUCUGCUGAUGUUUCAGAUAAAGCGCAAAUGGCUGUGGUUUUGCGCUUUGUUGAUAAAUUGGGGUUGGUGAGAGGACAAGGUUAUGAUGGAGCUAGCAAUAUGAGUGGAGAAUUCAAUGGGUUGAAAGCAUUGAUUUUGAAGGAAAAUGGAUCAGCAUAUUAUGUUCAUUGCUUUGCUCAUCAACUUCAGCUGGUUGUUGUGGCUGUUGCAAAGAAACAUUGUGAAAUUGGAUAA